AUGUCUCCCCGAAAGCGAAUCCAAUCGGGAAGCGCCCAAGCACCGCCAACACCCGACCCCAAAGACCCAAAGGAUGCGCUGAUGAACAUUGCGCCGACGUCGCGGAUGGAGCGCAUCCCCUCACCCGCGUAUUUCUUCUUGGUUGUCUUCGGGAGUCUGCUCCUGAGCUCAGUUCUGUUCACUCUUGCCACUAGUUUUACGCAAGACGAUCUCGGUCUAGUGAGCAAACAUUUGGAGGAAUGGUGGGAAGUUGGGGGCUUGAUCGCGUGGAGGGGCGUGGAGGUUGCUUUGGCGUGGUCUGUCGGGUUUGACAGCUGGGAUGUCGCUUCGUACCUCUUCCUGACGCACCUACCCACCUACACCCUUCUGUCCUUCUUCUACGGCGUCCGACCGACCUCAGUUCUUGUCUCGUUUGCGAUUACGAUCCUCUCAACGGUGAUUCCGUUUGCGCUCCUGCGCCGACCGGCAUCCGUACAUAAUCUUUCCCACGCGCCCUCAGGCACGGUUUCCAACCAUGCUAUCUUGCAGGACCGGCCGACCACUAUCUACACCACCCUGGCCGCGACCUCUAUCUAUAGCGUCGUCCUAUAUGCUAGCUAUGCAUCGUGGCUUCCCACCAAGCUGGUUGUGCACUUCGAUGGCAUUCCCGACAUCAGCGCUGUGCACGCCGGUCCGGCGGGCCUUCCCGUCCUGUUCCUGACCCUGAUCCCGGCGGGGAUUGCAGUGCGUGAUUUCUUAUUUGUCAGUUCUACGGGCCGCUCAUUGGGAACGAACGAGGAAGAGCAACAACCCGCAAGCCGUGGGGGGAGUACUUGGAUUCUCGUUUCCCGAACCAUCCUGCUUGCUAUCGGAGUGCUGCUCAAUACGACCGUGCAAGUGGCGGGCACAAUCCGAAGUGUCUCUGUCGAAGGUGCUUUAAUAUGGGGAGCUGUCUGGGCUGUCGCGACUGUGGCAGUGGGUGUGACCUUUGGCUGGAUCGAGGCUGUGGACGGGCUGUGA